AUGAAGUUCUGGUCCACUCUUUUCAUUCUUUCAUCCAGCUGCCUUGCUGGCGCAUUUCCGACUCUCUCCGCCCGCAGCCUUGAGGGUCUUACGGCUGAAAAACUACAAGAUGCCAUAGAGACCGUGGCAAAGUAUCAGAACGAGAAGCGCUUGAUCGUCAACACCAAGAAACCUAUCCAGGUAACUGGGAAGUAUGCGUUCCAGGCACCGAGCAAGUACGACCAGCGUGGUCCCUGUCCGGGAUUAAAUGCCUUAGCAAACCAUGGCUAUAUCGACCACUCUGGUAUUACCAGCUUCGCUGAGGUUGUAACUGCCAUCAACCAGGUGUAUGGUAUGCACUUGGACCUUGCUUUGAUUCUUGGUGUUAUGGGGACCGUAUGGACGGGCAACCCACUUUCGUUGAGUCCGGGUUUUUCCAUCGGAGGGCCCGGGGCCGAUAAUCUACUAGGGAACGUCCUCGGUCUCAUCGGCGAUCCUCGUGGUCUGCAAGGCUCCCACAACUGGAUCGAGUCCGACUCUUCUCUAACGCGCGACGAUCUCUACGUGACUGGAAACGCCUGGAAGAUGAAUAUGACACUCUUCCGCGACGUAUACGACCGUGCCGAUAAAGACGGCAUCAUAUCGAUGGACCUGAUAGCCGACCAGGCAGCGCGCCGUUGGGCGUAUAGUAUUGGACACAACCCCGACUUCUACUAUGGGCCAGUGUCUGGGAUGGUUUCGCGCAACGCGGGUUACCUGUUCACGGGACGUCUCCUCGCGAACCAUUCUUCGGAGAACCCCGAUGGCGUACUUACGCAGGACGUGUUCAAGAAGUUUUUUGCCGUGUACGAGGAUGCGGAUGGAGAGCUUGAGUAUCGCGAAGGACAUGAGACAAUUCCUCAGAACUGGUACAGGAAGCCAACCGAAUACGGUCUGAUAUCGCUCAACCUGGAUAUCGUCAGCUGGGUCAUGAAGCACCCCGAGCUUGGAAGCAUUGGCGGCAACACCGGUAAAGUGAAUUCAUUCAGCGGCUUUGACAUGCAAAACAUCACCGGUGGCAUCCUUAACUCAACUUCCCUUCUCGAGAACAACAACCUGCUUUGCUUCUCCUUCGAGGUUCUCAAGACGUUCUUGCCAAACUCCCUUUCUGGUAUCUUGAAGACACUUGAAGGCCCGAUUAGCUUGGUCACCAACACCUUGGCUGCACCGAUUUUGAGUCUCUCAUGCCCUGCUUGGAAAGACCUCACUGUGGGCGGUCAGCCGUUGUGGGACGCGAUCCAGGAGAAUUUUCCAGGCGCUCUCAAGGCCGGUUCGAGCUUGUAG